ACUUCUUCAACAUCACUACAAUUUUUCUGUUUGCCUUUCUAUCCUUAUUGGAUAUCAUUUUGGUCUGCCAUUUCGAAAACGAACUCUGGGAAAUGGAGAUUGUGGAUGUCUCUAUCGAAAAUCAUCUUUGAGUUUACCUGUUUUCGGCGGGUAGAUUGUCUUCGUUUCUGAACAACCCUGUUCUCUCAAGAAUCUAUCUUGGUCUCUCUGCUCUCUCUUGGCUAUAAUGGCUCUCUGGGCUAAAAUGGAGUUGGUUAUUCCCCUGCCUUCUCAAAUCGAAUACGCGCAGAACAACAACUGCAAAUGUUGCCUAGGACACCAUUUCGAAGACUCGCACACCCUCAGCCACACUAUCAUUACUUUCGAGACACCCAAUAUUUAUUCGCCGUAUUUUGGUCUUGGGGCGAUGAGGUUGGCUCACGAAUACACCUGCAAGCCAUCUAUGUUGAUGCUGGCCCUGCAUUGGCCCGAUCAUAUGGAGUGUACGGAGAAUUGUGGGCAUUCCAACGAGGUCGACCAAGAAUGCCGUUUCAGUUCACCAGAGAACCGGGGUUCAAGGAUAAAAGAAAAAGGGGGGUUAGAUAAAACUUUCCUCGCCUUCCUCGACUUACCAAGGGAGAUAAGGAAUGAUAUUUAUGUCCGCGUACUCGGAUCGUCCAAAGACCAUUGGGCUAUCAUGACAGCAUCGAUACCUUUACCAAAAACUAGCGUUUCAAAUUCUAAUAUUUCCAGGACGAGAUUUAAAUAUUCAUUCGGCUCCAAACAACUUCAGUUACUCUGCCAUCAAAUCAGGAACGAGGUUCUUGAGGUGUGCCAGUCGCACGCACAGGAUAUAUGGCUCCGUGAGCUCGGUGUGAGUGACUUUGACGCGGCCCUCAGUACCUUCAAACACAAAGAUGUUCUACGCCACUCCGCCCGCAGCAUCACACUCGUUUACUCCAGUCCAAUAUUAUCACGGGACGAGGAGGAUGGGGGCAGGCACUUUGAUAGGUGCAGUUUCCUCACCCAAAUCAUUGAGCCCUUCCAGUCCCUCAUCAAGCUCUGCCCAAACGUGGAGUCUGUUUUUAUUUCCCUCGUUGCUCAGAACUCAUCUGGCCGUCAAAUCCAUCUCGGUCUUUAUAUUCCCUGCCACGACCGCAACGAGACCACAAAUGUACAAGUCGAUUACCGAUGGUACAAAGUGGCAAAUUGGGAGUGUGUAAUCCGCAAAUACUUUAGCACACUCCGGAAAGUGAUCGGGCCAGAAGAAAAAGAUAAUUUUGCCGUGUGGCAGUACUCUUGUGGGUGCAUUGCGCAUGCAGAUGUUGAGAUUACGGUUUCAGAUGAAGAGAAAAGGCGUGCUAGACUGGGUUCCCGGCGCAUCAAUGUCACAGUUAAGGAAAUUGUAUAGUCUGGAUGGGGACGAGGAACAGGUGUCGGAUUAGUAACUGGAGAAGCCAAUGUUGAGAAAGUAAAAAUAUUACGCAGCAGAACACUGUAAACAAC